AUGAUUGAAGGCCUCUACCGGAGUUCCGUAAUUACCACAACGAAAUCAGAAAUAGCAGGGCAAGACAGAAAGGUGUUAAACGAAAAUAAGGUGCUUGGAGUGCCGCGCCUCAGACAGCUAAGGGUUCGAAAUGAUUCUUGUGAAGUACCAGCCAUAUUCACCAGAACUUUUUCUACCUGUUACGAUGCAUACUCUUCUGCUGCAGAAGAAAAGGAGCCAUUCGGACCGAGGAACACUACAGCCUGGAGAUACACCUCUAGUGAAGAAUUAGAUGGUAUCAGUUACAUGGGAACUAUUUCAAAUUAUCACGGAGGAGGCUAUUACCAGGAUCUGUCCAUUGUACCAAAUGAGACAGUAAAUAUUGUGGCAAGUUUGAAAAAGAAUCUAUGGAUUAACCGAUCAACCCGAGCUGUAUUUUUGGAUUUUACCGUAUAUAACGCAAACAUCAAUUUAUUCUGCGUAAUAAAGCUGCUCUUUGAAUUCCCGCCGACGGGUGGUGUCCUAAGCUCUCAGGACUUCACAACCAUGAAGUUAAUACGUUAUGUUGAACCAUUAGAUUACGCUGUAAUGGGCUUUGAAUUUUUAUUUAUAUUUUUUGUCCUUUUCUUCACUAUGGAAGAAGUGAUAGAAAUGAUGUUUUUCAAAUUACAAUACCUCUUUCACUUCUGGAAUUACAUAGAUUUGGUGAUUUUACUGCUGUCAUACAUCUCCAUUGCCUACAGCUUGCAUAAACUUGUCAUCACAAGAGGUGUGGUGGAAAAAUUAAUAGAUAAUACAACUGAAUACUCAAAUUUAGAGUAUGUAGCAUUAUGGGAAAAACAGUGUAAUGCUGUAGCUGCCUUUCUUGUUUUCUUCAUCUGGAUAAAAGUAUUGAAGUAUAUUAACAUAACCCACACAACAGCUCAACUGAAUGAAGCACUUAAACGGUGUGCUAAAGAUCUUGCUGCUUUUGGAUUAUUGUUUUUCAUUGCUAUUUGUGCAUAUGCCCAACUGGGAUAUAGCCUUUUUGGAACAAAGGCAAGGGAUUUCAGAGGAAUUGGAAUAUCUGUGGUGACUCUUUUGCGGACUAUUGUGGGAUAUAAUAUUUAUGAAUCAAUUCAGAAAGCUGAUUGGUUUUUUGCUCCUAUAUACUAUAUUGCAUAUGUAGUAUUUGUUUUCCUCAUAUUAUUGAAUAUGUUUAUUGCCAUUAUUGUAUAUUCAUAUUCAGAAGUAAAAGCUGAGAUAGCUGUUAUGGAUGAUGAUUUACAUUUAACUGACUUUUUGAAAAAACACUUUAAAAAUGUGAUGGAGAAGUUUGGUGUAUACAGCACAUAUGAGUCAAAGUCUAAGGACAAAGAGAAGAAGCUUACAUAUAAUGAUAUAAGAGAAAUUUUACGAGAGUGCAAAUUUACAGAUUUGGAGAUAGAAAUGUUUUUUGCAAAAUAUGACAUCACAGGAGAAAGAAUAGUAACUGAACAUGACACCCACAGAAUGUUACGUGAUAUGGGAUGGGUGGACAAGGAAGACGAAGAUGUGGGACCAGAAGAAGAUUCUGGUGUGUCUGUGGAUGAAUUUGAAGAGUAA